AUGGCCGGACGUGGAGCUGCUACAGCCGCCGGAGCAUGGCGACCAGUCUCUGUCCUCGACGACUGGGUUGCUCGCGAGGCCCGCCCCAUUAGCCUGCGCCAGCUCAUGGUCUUUGGCCGCUCCCUUACCGAAAACCGCCUCAUCAGCUCCGCCAACUAUGUCCGCACAGAAUUACCAUCCCGAAUCGCACAUCGCCUCCGCGACAUGCAGCAGCUCCCCUACGUCGUCGUCACGAACCCCCACAUCAACGACGUCUACAACCUCUACUACAACGCCUUUGACACGUUUCGCAAGAUCAAAGAAGUAAAGACCCUCGAGGACAAUGACCACCUCUGCGACGUCAUCAGCCAGAACCUCAAGGGCCACCUGACCGUCAUCCCCAAGCUCGCCAUGGGCAUCCUCGAGUGUGGCGGGCUGAUGAACCCUCAAGAUCUCGACAAGUUUAUGAAUACCGUGUUACGAUCCCGCAUAUCUCGGCGCGUCAUUGCCGAGCAGCACCUCUCCCUCACCGAGACCUACCACUCGCCGCACUUUUCCCCCGGCGCCAAGCUCUCCGAGAGCGACUUCAUCGGCGAGGUCUUCAUCAAGUGCCAGGCGCGCGACGUCAUCGACCGCUGCGCGGCCGCCGUCACCGCCCUCGCUCGCUCCACCAACGGCCCCGACGCCCAGGUGCCCGCCAUCCGCGUCGACGGCCACCUCAGCGCCUCCUUCCCCUACAUCCUCAGCCAUCUCGAGUACAUCAUCGGCGAGCUCCUCCGGAACUCGGUGCAGGCCGUCAUCGACUGGCAGGCCAAACUCCAGGAAAAAUCUGCCGCCGCAAUAGAGCCCCCGCCGCCGAUUGAGGUCACGAUAUGCGAGGCGCAGGAGCACGUCAUCAUCCGCAUCUCGGACCGCGGCGGCGGCAUCCCCCGCGAGGAGCUGCCCUACCUGUGGUCCUUUUCCAAGGGCCCGCAGUCGGCCAGCCGCCUCGAGAACCUCGGCCGCGUGCCGCGCAUGGCCGCCACCAUGCAGGAGCUGCACAUUGACGAGCUCGGCCGCGCCGACCUCAAGGCGCCCUCCUACCCGACGCCACCGCCGCCGCCGCCCUCGCCGCAGGAGCAGGCGCCAACGGCCGCGACGCCGCACACGCCAUCGCAGCAGAACUCGCUGUCCAGCCUCACCAGCCGCCCGCCCAACCUGCGCCUCGGCAUGGGCCUGCCGCUCAGCCGCGUCUACGCCGAGUACUGGGCCGGCAGCCUGCACGUCCACAGCCUCGAGGGCUACGGCGUCGACGCCUUUUUGCAGAUCUCGCGGCUAGGCAACAAGAACGAGCAGCUCACGACGCGCGCCAGCAUGGACGCUGUAUGA